AUGUCUGAAAAGGGAACAUCGUUAAACCUAUUCCUCGCCGCCUGCCAAAAGGAGGGUGUGAAGCAACCCAACACAUUUCUUGUCGAGUUCUUUACGAAAAAACCUGAACUGUCGGAAGUGGAGGAAAUAGACUUGAGCAAGAACUACAUUGGGAACCGUGGUAUUCUUGCCUUACUCGAUGUAAUUAGCGAGCUGCCAUGCUUUCGCUUCCUCAACUGCUCAAACCAAAAACUGUAUAACACGGACUUGAAUGAGGAUAGCGUUAGAGGUAACGCCACAAUAGAUCGCAUCGUCGACGUUUUCAAAUCACAUCCAACAGCCAACGCAUUAGAUCUCAGCCACAAUCCUAUUUCAAACUAUGCUGGCCGUAGAUUAUUGUUGCUUACCCAAAAUAACAAGCGCAUCUGCCGUGUGGAAUUGGUGGACACUCGCAUUGACUUUGAACUCCGCUCUCGCAUUACGCAACAAUGUGAAAAGAAUACCAUCGCUAUUUGGGAGUCACAAGCACAAGAAAAGGAGGAGGAACGCGCCUUUGGUGAAAGUGUCACGUGGGUCCCAACACAAACGUCUGCGGACUUGACGGCAAUCGGUGGCGGCCGGAAGCGACGUACUACAGUGCGAGGUGAGGGAAUUGAUCCUGAGAAGGCUAAAUCAUAUGUUGCACCAUAUUUCGAGAAGAGUGAAGACGAAACGGCACUCAUCUUGAAGUUGUUGACGUAUAACGUACUCUUCUCCUUUCUGGACUCACGCGAUCUUAUGACUGUGGCGGGUGCCAUGUGGCGUGUGGAGUUCAAGCAGGAUGAUUGCAUUAUGGAGGCGGGGCAGACAACAUGUGACAAACUGUAUAUAAUUCAAGAUGGUAAAGCAGAUAUCAUUAAAGAAGGACAGAAGGUAUAUCUCAAGGUAGAAGGUACGGCGGUAGGAGAGCUUGAACUUAUGUAUCAGACACCAACUGUUGCCACGGUGAAAGUUUGCACACCGGAGCUCAUCGCAUGGGCACUCGAUCGCGACACGUAUCGUCACCUCGUGAUGGGUAGUGCCAUCCGCCGCCGUGAGACAUAUAUUCAAUUCCUAACAAAUAUUCCGUUCCUCAGUGGCCUUGACAAUUAUGAGAAGCUGCAACUUGCGGAUGCCCUCAGCAGCGACGAGUUUGAACCGGGUGAUUACAUCAUUCGCUACGGAGAGGAGGGCGAAUGGCUGUACAUCAUUUUGGAAGGUUCUGUUGAUGUGGUUGGGCGGGAUGACGAUGGAAAUGAAAAGCAUGUUUGGGAAUUCGGGAAGGGGGAUCAUGUGGGUGAGCUGGAAUUCCUUAACAAUCACGCCAAUGUAGCAGAUGUUGUGGCAAAAACGCAUGUUGUCACGGCGAAGCUUAACCGUAGGCACUUUGAAAUGUGCCUUGGACCUGUCAUUGAUGUACUGAAACGAACCUCGCAGCAGCCAAACUAUGAGUACUACCAGUCGAAACUGAAAACUACUUUAAGGGCAGAGGGGAGGAAGUAG